AUGGCCACUGUGACGCCGCACUUCCGGAACAUUUUGUACCGCGGUUUUGAUCCUUACAGGGAACCUUUGAGUGAAUUCACUGAAGAGGACCUCGACGCUGAUGACUUGGCGCCUCUGCUUCGGAGCUUGCGCUUCUUUAAGGCGAAGUACACACACAUGGAGCACGAAGAGAAGCACUUCUAUGAAGCACUGCGCUUGGGGCAAGAGACAGCUGAGAAGCAAGCGCCAUCGGCCUUGGACUUUGUAGGCAUCUUCAACCAAGCAAUACAAGCAACCAUGAAAGAGAACCCCAGAGUCUCCCAACUGAUUGCAUUGAACACUUGCAUCGCCGACUACAACAAAGACGUGAAGAUCAAGAGGUGGAGGGUUGACACCCUCAAGAGAAAAAUCAUUGGCAACAUGUUGAAAGUUCCCGAGGAAUCUAUCAGGAUUCUGGCAGAGCACUACGACUUGCAUCGUCACAGCUCAUCAGGUCCAGGCACAUGUUUGCGACGAUGGAGCCCAUCUGAAUCAGAAUCGUCUGACGAGGGUGAGUCAAGCCAAGAUUCGGACUCAUCCCUUCCAGAGGCAUCUUCUUCAAAGAUCCUCGCUCGCAACAGAACUAUUCACUCGAUUUCGCUGAGUCUUGUUGAGACCAAGACUGCCAACCUUACUUUUGCGAACCUGUCUGCUUUGAAAGCAUCUUCGGGUGAUAUCGAUGGCAAGCAAGAGAGCAAAUAUGCAGAGAAUGGGAAGUCCUCAAAGAGGAUCAAGAAAGAUGCCUUACUCUGGUCGCUCCAAAGCAAUGCGCUUGAGGGGCUUGGUGAAGAGGAAUCUGAGGAUGACAGUGGCAGCGCCAGCAGCAGCAAGAGUGAUUUGCAACGUCACGUCCAAUGGUAUAUAGGGGAAACCCGUGUUUGCCGCCGCGCGUUUCAACGCUUCAUGGGCAUCGGGCUACUCAAUCGAGAGAUGAAUAUGGAUGAUGAAGCCACUAGGGCAAAGCUUCUUGCAGACCUUCUUCUGGAUGCAUUGGAAGGCCCUACUUCGAGGAUCACAAAGCUGAAUCCAAAGCUGUUAGCAGCGCGGGAACUUCCGCCUGGAAACUGGCACCAAUUAUAUAUGCUCUACACAGCUAGCUGCAACGCCAACGGAACAGAGGCCUCGAGCCGCGCGACCUUUUACGCAGCUACUGCAGAGUGGAGAAAGGCCCUGCGAUUUCGUCACCGUUCUCAGCACUCAACGUGUGGUACGUGCGACCGUAUCAAAGCAAAGAUGAGGUCCUCAAGGGACUUUAGAGCCCAUGCUGCUGCUGCCGACGAGUUGCUCGGACAUUUAACGUUGACAUGGCGCUGCCGGCAGGCAUACUGGUGUGCCAGGGAAGCAUCGCGUGCCAAGCAAGAUGUAUUGACCGUCAUAUUUGACGGAUUCGACAAAAGCAAGCCGAUGUUGCCGCGCUGGACGCAGAACCGCCUCCCGAAGAUUCCUGUAUUUGAGCGGAUUACAAGAACACACCUGUCUGUGUCCGCAACGUUGGCGCACGGAUGGGGUUGCGUGGUUUUCCUCGCAGAGGAGGGGGUUUCGACUGGUAGCAGCUACUCCUGGGAGGCUGUUCUGAUUACGAUAUCUUUGUGCUGGGAGGCAGCAAGACAGCGCGGCUUGAGCUUCCCUUCAUCGUUUCUGGGUUAA